AUCUUUCCCAGUCAAGUCCACCAUUGUCCGCAUGGCCGCAACUCGUCUGCUCAAGCCGUGGCGUUGCAAGAUAUGGGCCCGACGGUCUCACGCAGCCGACAUACGCCACGACCGGGACUGAUCGGCGUUGAACGCAUAUGUAGAUCUUCAGCGCAUUGUCCCUGCAGUAUCAUUCGCGGCGGUGCUCGCUGACCGCAUUGUAGCGCAUCACGCUAUACCGCAUCGCAGUUUAGCGCGCGGCGAUGUCGCGCAUGGUGCAGUGUCCGCGGUGCCGCGCCAUUCUGCAGGAGCCGCCCAUGGGGCACCCCUUCUACAAGUGCGGCAGCUGCCUCACCGUGCUGCAAGCGAAGCACGCGGUGGGCGCGGCGGGGCCGCGGCACCCGGUGGGCGUGGACGUGCCGCUGCCGCGCUCCUCGUCCCCCGCCAACCCCUCCGCGCGCAUGGCCGCGCCUGCCGCGCCUUCCGCUGCAGCUCUGCGGGGAGGAGGUGAGGGGGAGCGGGAAGGCGCGGGAGAAGCGGGUGCGGGCAGCGAGGGGGCGAAGUUCCAACGUGCGGGGAGCACAGGUGGCGGGGAGGACGACAUGGAGAGACACCAGUGGCAGCAGCAGCAGCAGCAGCAGCAGUCUCCCCAGCACUCGCCGGCGCACAUGAUGGUGCCUCGCCAGCGCACCAUGCCCUCGCGUCUCUCCCCCGCCCUCCACUCCCCUCACUCCGCCGCCUCCUCCUUCUCCCUCGCUGUGCCCCCCCCUUCCGCCCUCAGUCGCCCUGGCAGUAGCGAGGGCCCCCCGCCCCCAGGGGGCGAGAGCAGCAGCGAGCGCACGGGCCAGCGGGGCCAAGGGGACCUGCCCCGCCAAACCACUCUGCCCCCCCGCCUCCCCCACGCGCCCCGCUUCAGACAGCCCCUGGGGCAACCCUCCCCCGGCCUGAGAGUGGCCUCCCCAGACCUGCGCGCGCCUGUUGCAGCAGCGGAGACAGGGGGGAUGUGGGGGAGCAGUGGCGCGCAGGGGGGAGAAGAGGGGAGCGGGGACGAGGCGGGGGAGGAGGGGGAGGGCGUGGCGGAGCUGACGCGGCAGAUGACGAUGCCAGAGGGUGCGGCAGGGGAGGGCGGGCGGUGGAGGGAGAUGGGCGCGCCGAGCCGGGGGCUGCUGCGGCAGCUGACGGACCCCCAGGAGAACCGACCCACGGCCAGAGUCGUGCACAGCGGCCACACAGGGGGGGACAGUGCUGGCGCGGAGGGGCAGGGGGGGGAGGGCGGGGGCAUGGGCAUGGGCAUGGGCAUGGGCAUGGGCAUGGGCAUGGGCAGUAGGGCGGGCGACUGGGGUGACAGUGCACCGGCGUUGGCAGCAGCAGCAUCCAGCUCCGCGUCGCCCUCUCUCAUUCACAUCCUCACGAGGCAGCGCUCGCAGCGCAGCCGAGCCAACGAGCUGGAGGGGGGCGCAGGAGGUGAGGCGGGGGAGCACGUGGCCGAUGGGGCACACAGAGCCGCGGAGAGGGGGGGGCUAGUGGGUGGUAUGGGCGACAGUGGGCAAGGGGGAGUGGGCAAGGGCAGGGGUGGGCAUGAGGGGCGGUACCUGGUGCGGCUCAAGGGCGACGAGGAGGAUGGCGAGCACGCGGGGCGCAGUGACUCGUAUGGCGCGACCUCAGACCUGGUCAUGGGCAUGGCGGACAUGGGCAUGGCGGACAUGGGUGCGCACACCACCUCGGGCCUCAUUCGCCAGCGCACCAUGCCGCUGCCCUCCCCCGCCCACCGUGUGCUCUCUGCUGCGCCAGCUCUCCCCUCUCGCCCCUCCCCCACGGGCAGCCCCAUGGCCAGCAGCGCCCACAGCCGUGACAGCAGCGCGGCCAGCCCGUCUGCCUCGCACGCCCACGUAUGGCUGCCCCGCCAGCACACUAUGCCCGCCUCCCUGCCGCCCCCCGUGCCCACCCCGGCGUCCCCUGCAGGGGCAGGGGCAGGGGCAGGAGCAGGGGCAGGGGCGGAGGCGAGUGGGGCGAGUGGGGCGGGUGGGGCGCGGGGGUUGAGGGAGCGUCGGCCGCUGGCGUCGAAACUGAAGGCGCUGUGGGACCUCAAGCCGCUCAGGGGGGCGGGCGGUGAGGGCGCGGGCGAGGGGGGCAAGGGGGCCAGCGCGUGGCGGCUGCCCCCCGUGGGGCAGGUGAGCCCGCUGCAGGGCGCUGCGCGGUACGUGCAGCAGGCAUUCGCCCAGCGCUCGCCCAAACCCACCAAGGCUACCACGCAGCUGACGCAGCAGCAAGGUCCUGGUGGCAGGGAGCAAGGGAGGGAGGGCGGCAGCAGUGGGGGCGUGACAGAGGGGAGGGGAGACGGGGCAGCAGGCAGAGGGGCGGUGAAUGGCGUGGGCGAGGGGGGCGGUGCAGAGGCGGGCGAGCAGUGGGGGAUGGAGGGCGUGGUGGCGCGGCGCAGCGGGCGGGUGGAGGAGCAGCAGAUGUGGAACAGCGGCGCCGUGGCCAUGUCCGAGGGCAGAGGCACAGGCGCAGGGGCCAUGCCGCCGCACAUGGGCAUGGGCGCGGCCAUGGGCUUGGGGGUGCACUCAUACUCCAUGCACAUGGGUAUGGGUGCUGGCGUGGGCAUGGGCAUGGGCAUGGGCGUGCAAUCAUACUCCAUGCACAUGGGCAUGCCCUUGCGAUCAGCCUCUCACGCCCCGCACAUGGCAGUGGACCAGGCCAUGGGCAUGGAUGGGGCCAGGAGGAGCAUGGGGGGCGGAGGGGGCGCGCAGGACGAGGCGAGGGCGGCAGUGGAGGAGGCGCGUGGCGCGGGCGUGUAUAGGAGGAGCGCCAGCACGAGGGGCGCGGAUGGCAGCGCGGGGAGGGGGGCAGCAGGGCAGGGGGGCGACAGGGACACGGGGGAGACGAUGGGGGGGAGGGAGGCACGGGGGUGGGGCAGUGGGGAGAUGGGGAGUGGUGCGGGCAGUGCGGCAGGAGCAGGGCGCAUGGAGGCGUAUGGGGCGGAACAGGGCAUGGGCCAUUAUGGGGCAGAGCAGGGCAUGGACCAUUAUGGGGGCACACAUGGCCUUGCCAACGCGCAGGCGCAGCAUCAGAGGGGGCGCGCAGCAGGGAUGGGGAUGGCAGGAGAGGAGACAGCAGCAAAGCCAGCGCAAGGGCGCACGGGCAGCGAGCUGCAGACAUCCGCCCAGCCACCCGCGGAGCUGCCAUGGCUUCCACCGCCAGACGCCCCUCAGUUGGUGCAGUGCCAGCACUGCGGCCAGAUGCUAGCGGUGCCGCACAACCUGCCGCGCAGCCGCAAGAACAAGAUGGUGCAGCGCCUCAGGUGCGGGAGCUGCCUCGACAUCUCCUCCUUCGCCAUCCCGCCCCCACCCCCCGCCCCCUUCCCCUCCACCCAAUCCCUGCCCCUUCACCUGCAAGCCCAGCCCUCUCACCUUGCCUCCGACCCUCCCGCAGCUGUUCCCCCUCCCGCAUUCAACCAGCAGCACCAGCAGCAGCAGCAGCAGCAGCAGCAGCAGCAGCAGCAGCAUGACCGCUUGAGCCAGCAGCAGCCACAGCAGGCGUGGCAGGGUGCAGCCCCCAUGAGCAAGUCAUCCUCGUCCCCCGGCAUGCACCUGUCUGCUGCUGCCUCUCCCGCCCACUCCUCCUCGCGCUCCCCCCUCCCCCACCCCCACCACCACCUCCCCUCUGCCUCCUCCUCGCCUUUCUCCCCUCCCCCACCCGCUGCUGACUGGACACCCCCCCCUGCCAACUGGACGGAGAGGGCGGCGGAUUCUCCGGUGAUGCAGCGCCUGCACAACGGGGGGGGGUACUCGCGGGAGCUGGACACGUUUGAGCGGGGCGUGGUGGUGAACGGCAGCCCCAUUGCAGACGCGCUCGUGGCUCAAGCUGAAUUCUCCGCCGGGCCCAUUGACCCUGGCAACUACUGGUACGACCACAGGGCGGGCUUCUGGGGAGUGGUGGGGGGCCCGUGUCUCGGCAUCAUUCCUGCGCGCAUGGCCCAGUUUGCAGAGCCCAUGCGGCGGGACUGUGCAGCGGGGCGCACGGGCGUGGUGGUGAACGGCAGGGAGCUGCAGCGCCGUGACCUCGAGCCCCUCGUGCGACGGGGCGUGCCCGCGGUGCCCCACAGGGCGUACCUCCUUGACCCCAACGGCCAAGUGCUCGACGCUGCCUCGGGCUCCCUUGUCGCCAACCUGGGGCCCCUCGCACCCUCGCUGAAAACCAAGCGAGGGAAUGGCAUGUUCACUCCACAAACAAACUGAACUUCUCAACCUUGCGUUUAUCCUGGUUCUUAGUCCAUGUAUCACAACCGCGAUAGGGCGCGAGAGCCCAAGUAGGCAGGAAAAGCCCUUAAUAGAUGUCUGAAGCUGGUGUAAAAUUGCUUAGAGAUUAUUGAUUUGUUUCACACUUC